AUGAGCGACUAUGGCAUUCCUCUCAAUUCCUACAACAUUCUGGAUACCAAGGGUGUAGGACUCAGAAAGAGAUCUGUUGUUCGCAAUUGUGCGAUAACAUGGAUUCAACUCUUCCGCAUCCUGAUGUUGGCGUUCAACGAGGAAAGCUGCGAGAAGUCAGCCAUCUGCAGAUACCGCUAUUCCUGCAAUGUGCAAAACAUCAUUAGCCUCGGCGAAAAGGCCGAGGUUUGUGUCACGAAUGAUGAAGGCCAAAGCGAGACACUGGUGGGAGAUUUGAUCAUCGGUGCGGAUGGCGCUUCAUCAAAGAUCCACAGCGUCGUCCUCCACAGACGAAGCGAACACGAUGCAAUGAGAGUGAUGAACUUCUCUGCAACAUUGUGCUGGAACCUUAACUCUCAGAUGCUAUCAUAUACCGUUCCGGCACGCAAAGAUGGUCCGCCCAACUCCCACAGUUUUCUGAAUUGGGGUUGGUACAUGGAGAAGACGGAGGAUGAAUUGAAUGAAUUGAUGACAGACGUCGACGGCCAAAGACAUCACUACGCUCUACCCCAAGGAGGCAUGCGAGCGCUCUUGGCUGACGAGAUCAGAAUGAAGGCGCAGGAAGAGCUCUCACCUCAGUUUGCGGAGGCUGUAGCGAAGACCAAGUCGCCGUUCGUUCAGAUUGUCACAGAUUCUGGAGGGCUCGGUAAUUUGUUCUCUGAUGGCAAGAUCCUUCUUGUCGGGGAUGCUGCUGGUGGUCAAAGACCGCAUGCAGGUUCAGCUGUCACUAUGGCCUGUUUCCACGCACACCUUCUGAGGCUGCUUCUGCAGGGCCUAAUAUCUCUUGACGAAUGGAGUCGAGAAACGCAAUUCGUCUCUUCCGCAUUAGUAAAGGCUGGUCAAGAGCUGGGGUCAAUUUGCCUCUCGACGAACCUCGACCCAAGAGAGAAGGCGAAGUCAUUUCUUGGAGGAUUGUUAGCCGCGCAGAAGUUACUGACUGAGAAGUGGAUGCAGUUUUGGAAGGAGAAGAAAUGA